AUGUCCUCCAGCCAGCAGACCAUGGUUGCCGCCGACAGUGUCGUCGACGGCGCCAAAGACAUGACCGAAUACCCAACGGCCUCUCGCCAGCACUCACACCGCUUCCGCACGCUGUCGCUACCACGGCUCGGCGGCACCGGCAGCCGCAGGUUCAACAAAAAGAAGGAGCCCAGACUCGAGAAGUGGUUCAAGAUCCUCUUCACCUUCUCGGCCGGCUUUGCUCUCAUUCUGCCCGUCAUCAUCGGAUAUGCCUUGCACAUUCCCAUCAUCAGCAGCAACGUUGUGGCCCUCGGCCUGGGCUUCUACGGCCUGUUUGUCGUCCUCCACUACUUUGUGCAGGGCUGUUUUGCUCAGGCCAACCGAGUCCGUGUCAACCGGCUGGUCCGCAACCGCCCUGCGAACUGGAGAGGUCUCGCAACCGGUGUGCUGAUUGUCGGCUACCGCGAGGACCCCGAGCUCUACCGCCAGUGUCUCGAGAGUUGCAAGGCUCUGCAGUAUGACAACCUUCGCCGCAUCAUCAUGGUUGUUGACGGCGACGAAAAGGAGGACGAGUACAUGGGCACAAUCUUCCAGGAGGUCUUUGGCCCAGAUGCCACUGUGAUCGUGCCUGGCUUCAACAUGCCUGAACUCGGCUCAGAGUCGCCAGAGGCCAAGGCCUUGUACACCGAGCUGCGUGGCGCCAAGGGCCCCAUUUGCAUUCUGCAGAAGCACGGCGGCAAGCGCCACGCCAUGUACUGCGGCUUCCAUGUCUUCCUCAGCUGCAUCCCCACCGACGCCAUCAUGGUCACCGAUUCGGACACCUAUCUGGACUGCAACGCCGUCAAGGAGCUUGCCUUCAUGCUCGACGACCCCAAGGUCGGCGCUGCCACCGGCGACGUCCGCAUCUGGAACGACGACAACUGGAUCUCCUUCCUCUCGGCACUCCGCUACUGGGGAGCCUUUAAUGUUGAGCGAGCCUGCCAGUCCUUCCACAAGUGUGUUGGAUGUGUCUCUGGACCCCUCGGUAUCUACCGAACGGAGAUCAUCCGCGAGAUCAUCGAACCCUGGGUCAGCCAAAAGUUCCUUGGAGUUCAGUGCACCUACGGAGACGAUCGUCACUUGACCAACCUCACACUGAAGCUUGGCCAGCAGGUCGUCUACACUCACUAUGCCUGGUGUCUGACCGAAACCCCGACCCAGUUCAUCCGAUGGAUUGUCCAGCAGACCCGUUGGAGCAAGAGUUUCUACCGAGAGGCCCUCUUCAACGCUCGCUGGUUCCACCGUCAUAGCUUGUGGAUGGCAUACGAGCUGCUCUUCCAAUUUAUCUACCCGUGGAUCCUGAUGUACGCCUUCUUCACUGUCCUCUACAACCCCAAGUCGAGUCUUCGGCUGCUGCUCACUUGGGCCAACAUCCUGCUGCUCAUGGGCUUCCUCAAGUCUCUCUAUGCUGUGGUCAUCACCAAAAAUGUCAAGUUCCUCCUGGUGACCUUUUACGGAUUCCUGUACUUGCACGGUCUCAUGCUCGCCAAAAUCCACGCCAUCCUCUUCCUCUGGGAUAACGGAUGGGGAACGUCCUCCCGCUUCGGCGCCAAGAUGUCCAAGUGGCAGCAGUACGUCUUUCCGAUUAUCUGGAACCUGGCCAUCUUUGCCGGUGUCGGCUACAACAUUGCUAGAUUCUUCCUUGGCAUCACCGUCGACCCCCUCGACCUUGCCCACCCCGAGCACCAAAUCAUCCUGCGCUGGGUCUACCUUGGAACCUUCUGCGGCGCCAUCGUCCUGGGCAUCCUCGGCUACAACAUCUACAAGUGCACCAAGCGAAAGCGGGUGGUGGGCUCUUUUGCCGCUCAGGCUUAA